CAGGACGCUGCCGUCUCGUCUGAUUGGCCAGCCGCGUGGCAAGGAACCAAGAUUUUUGGGCCAACGGGCUGCCGCCGCCCUGUCCGCCCCAUGGUGCGCAGAUCGUCAUUUACAACCAAGCAGUAGCAGCAUGAAGUUUGUCGGGCUGCUCGCGGCGAUGACCUCGCUGGCCGCGGCAGGCGCCUCGUGCGAACUGCCGCUGGACGCAGUCCAUAACCCAGACGGCCGCCACCAUCUCGGCGACGGCCAGCUCAAGUACGUCUUUGGUUUGCCACAGGACGAUGGCGCCAUCUACCAGGUCUGCGUCGACGGCGUUCUGACGUGCUACGAAGAAGAUGGGACGGCCGAUAGUGACGUCGAUGCGACCGUCGACUGCCGCAAGGCCGAGGCAAAGCGGCGUCUCGGGCUGGCCACGGACCGAAAGCGGCGGCUUUGGCCGAUGGCCACGCUCUGCUACAAGCUCGACGCGCCGUUUGACGAGCGCGAGCGCCGCACGAUUCAGCGCGCGAUGGAUGAGAUCGUGGCGUCGACCGGCGUGGCCAUAUUGGACCUCGCGCGCUGCAAGGCGUCGCCGCAUCGCGACGCGAUCUGCGGUGGCUGCGCACACUACGUGUCGAUCGACCAAGAAAAGAACAAGCGCGGGACGUACGCCGAGCUCGGGUACCGGCACAAAGCGGGGCAAAAGCUCAACUUGCUUCCAAUGGCGCUCGAGCACGGGAUGGGCACGGUCAUGCACGAGCUGCUACACGCGUUUGGCGUCAUCCACGAGCACGCGCACCCAGCGUCCGAGGCCAUCGUGCUCCGCGGCCAGUUCCUUGGCGCCUCGCGCAGCAACUACAUGCCCAUCAAAGAGGCGUUCGUGACGCAGUAUGACAUUCACUCGAUCAUGCACUACGGCGUCGGCCUCUGUCUCCCAAUCGACAAGAGCGUCAAGUUUUGCACCAUCGACCAAAACGAAGACGACGGGUGUGUCGUUCCAGAGAAACGCCACUGCGAUCCUGUCGCGUCCACGGUCCUCGGGCAGCGCGACGGCCUCAGCAGCGGCGACAUUCGCAACCUCCAGAUCCUGUACGGGCUUGAAACUACCGUGACGCGCCACGAAGUCGCUGUGCAGCAAACCAUGCACAAGCGUAUUCACAUGACGACCCACGACCGCCUCCCGGCCCACUAGCGUCCAUGGUGUCUUGCGAAACUUAUUUGGACAUUUUGUUAUCUUAUUCAUGAAAUAUUGUAUUACACCGAGCUAUGUAGGACAAUGUUGCCGCCAGGUCGAGAUUGGCGUGGGCGGUGUCAAGGACGAAGAUGGUGCAAUCGAAAAAUGUGGAUGAAGUCUUAUUGGCAUGAGAGGUUAAAUGGCAGAGUCAUCAGUGCAAUACUCCCUCAGAGAGGGGUGUCUCCUCAAUGAAAUUCAGAGCAGAUCUUGGUUUUAGC